GGCAUGGUUGAAGAGCACUAGAGCACCCCUAACUCCAAGUCAGAAACUUACAUUGUCAAGUGAACUUGAAAGAUGAGCACAGUAUGUCCAUAUGUCCAGACUCUGCCAGCACCAGAGCUUGUGGAGUUUAUACGUCCCAACAGCAGUGAUAAGGUCCUGUAUGUCAGCAGGAUCUCUGGGAGCCUGGCUGAAGAAGAGGUCUACUUCAAACUGUGCAAGGCUUUUGAGCAAUAUGGACUUGUCAAUGAGAUCCAGGUGAUGAAGCCAUCUGUCCAGCUGCAGCCAGCAGCUGAAGGGCAGCAGGAAGAAAGGCUUACAGGGUACUUCUACGCCUUCGUGAAGUUCUACCUAGCUAGAGAUGCUGCCAAAGCAAGAGCUGGCCUGAAUGGGAAAUACUUCAUCGGUGGACAGACAAUCAUGGUCCAGCAUGCUACCAAGAUGAAGAAGAGAGAACCCUGUCCCCUUCCCUAUUCCAAGUGUUUGGACCUGGCUAACCACUUCCUCGGCAUGGAUGGCUGGACUACUCAUAUUGUGUCCAUCGGCCAAGACCCAGAAGCAUGCCAGCAUGACCCUCACUCCCUGAGAUACAUCUGUGUGGUGAGAAUAGAGAUCAGAGGUUGGGACAUGUCCUGUGACGGGGUGGGGCUGGGGGAGAAGACUUUAGAUCCAGCAAGACCACAGGAGAGAGUUUCCCUCACCCGAGCUGCAAUGAAAAUAGCCGUCCACCGUGCAGUCCAGAAUGCCUUUCAGAGGGUCAUUCUGGCCGUCCUGGGCAACGGGAAGGUUGCCGUGGAGAUCAACACCGCUGUGCCUGAUGGGAUACUGUACAGUACUGAGGAUGAAGCAAACAUGGUUCCAGUCACAGUUCUGGAUGGAGAGCCAGAUGAAGAGGAUGAUAUGGAAGCCCUGCUCGCUCAGAUGGAAUGUUAUUGAAGGACUGACUCAUGAGGCAAACUCACAAUGUUACUACAGGAUACGGUUUUGUUUCCAUAAAUAUUCAUAACCAUAGAGAACUCACAUGUACGUGAAGAAAAGCUGAGAUGGCUGGGACCAUGACAACUUUAUCAGAAGUAUACCUCAAUAUUGCUUACUUGAGGUUCAGAUUUUGUUGCUGUUAAUGUUUCCAAGUUACGAAGUCCCUAAAUCAAAUGGACAUGAAAGAAAGCUCCAUUCUCCUGACUAGUUGCCUAAAACUGUCUGAACAGAGACAUUGUCAGUUUAAAU